AAAGAACAAUACACCAAUCAGGGGACAUUUUCUCCCUUUUUUAAUACCAAACGUAAUCUUCAAUUUUUCGCCUUUUUUUUACAUCCCGAGUGGUGAACAAAAAAGCAUACCCCCCCCCCAAAUACUUGCAUGUAUAAACAUGCAUAAUAGAGUAACCCCCCGUUAGGCAGCUUUAUUGAAGCCCCUGAGAACCUUUUAAUGACAACCAAACAAAAGCUGUGCCUCCCUCAUUGGGAAAUGCGGGGCAGCACAUACCUACUCAUGCAAAUAGUUCCCCAAAUUUGCGUUACUCUGUAAAUAUUUUUGGUGAUGUACUCUAGCUGAAAUCAACUAAAAAGUGUUACUUAACACUCCACAAGCAGUCGCAAAAAGGGGAGCACACCCCCAGUAUGUAUAGAGCUGUGUCCCAAUUACAUACGCCAAAUUUUAGCUUAUCACAAAAUGGCGCUCUUCCAUUUUGUUAACUGUUCCCUGACGGCCUUUACGCCAUACUACAUAAUAUAUGACGGAUUUAAAUUAUCAAAGAAUGCUGGAUGGACAAAGCUGUUUUUCCUAGUCUGUUUUUACUACAUCGUAUCGCAAAUUUUGAAGCUGUUCGCCCUAGCGUUUUUCUCGAUAGGCCUCCUUCAAAACAUGAACCUUUUCAACAUCAUCUUCCAAGAAUGCGCCAACUUCAUAGACCUGGCUGGGCUUUACUACAUCUUGUCGCAUAAGCACACCAACACAAUCAACUUGAAAGAGAGAAUACUAUCCGUAGGCCUCAGCUGGGGAUUCUGUGAAUCCAUGGCCACCAAUUUUUUCCCCUUUUUCAUUGGGGGAAGAUCGAUGGACUUUUCGCUGAAGCAUAUUUAUCGCUCCAUAUCGGCCAACACCUUCAUGUUUUCUAACUUGUCCAAAACGUGCCUCCUUUUCAUGUGGCUAAAGAACACACAAAGCAGGAAAAAAAUCAACGUGGUGAAUUUCCUUUUGCUUUACUUUACCUUCAUUUUGCCCCUCGUGAAUAAAAUCAUACUCAUACAUGAGGGAUCAUUCAAUAAGGGGAUUAUAAUUCACCUCAUCGUUCUUCUAGUGUGCACUUUUGUGCUGUCCUUUGCCACAAAAUGCAUUUUUAACUCUAAAUCGAACGCUAAUGUAGAGUCAUAUAAAGAAUCGCACACACGAAGCUACGAAAAGAAUGAUGGUAACGAUGAUGAUGGGGAUGGCGAAAUGAAUAAAGAUCAGAAGAAAAAAAUAAAAAAAAAAAAAAGAUUUUUUUACAAAUGA